AUGAUGCACCAUCACAAAAUCCCUGAAGAAUGCAGUGUGUUGGUAGUCGGCGGGGGACCUGGUGGCUCUUAUGCAGCAGCGGCCCUGGCUCGUGAGGGUAUCGAUACGGUGUUGUUAGAAGCAGACGUAUUUCCGAGAUACCAUAUCGGAGAGAGUAUGCUCGCAUCAAUCCGUCAUUUUCUACGCUUCAUCGAUUUGGACGAAACAUUCAAGAAUCAUGGGUUCACCAAGAAGGUGGGAGCAGCAUUCAAGCUCACAGAAAAGCGUGAAGGAUACACGGAUUUCAUCGCCGCCGGUGGACCGGAAAACUACGCUUGGAAUGUAAUCCGAUCCGAAGCCGAUGAAUUAAUGUUCAAACAUGCAGGAAAUUGCGGCGUCAAGAACUUCGACGGAGUGAAAGUCACUGCGGUAAAUUUCAUUCCCUCAAUCUCCACCGACCCAAGUCCCCUAAGAACAGACACCUCGGAACCCAAUCCAGGCCGACCAAUAUCAGCCACCUGGUCGAAAAAAGACGGCAGUUCUGGAACAAUCAGGUUUGAAUACAUCGUAGAUGCAAGCGGUAGAGCUGGUCUUAUGAAUACGAAAUAUAUGAAAAAUCGCAACUACAAUAAGGGAUUGAAGAAUGUGGCAAGUUGGGGAUAUUGGAAAGGAGCAGCUAAAUAUGCUAUUGGUACCGACAGAAAUAACUCCCCUUAUUUUGAGGCUUUGAGAGAUGAAAGUGGAUGGUGUUGGAUGAUUCCCCUUCAUGACGGUACCACAUCCGUAGGUAUCGUCAUGAACCAAGACGUUUCCAUGUCCAAGAAACAAGCAAUGAAUUCCCCGAGCACCAAAGACUUCUACCUCGAAUCUCUCAAACAGGCCCCUCAGAUCCUGGAAUUUUUAUCCAAAGCCUCACUCGAAACAGAUAUCAAAGCCGCGUCUGAUUAUUCCUACAGUGCAUCUUCGUACGCCAUGCCCUAUUGCCGCAUCGUGGGCGACGCGGGAUGUUUCAUCGAUCCUUACUUCUCUUCUGGUGUACAUCUUGCGUUGACUGGUGCUUUGUCUGCCGCAAUGACUAUAUGUGCUGCGAAGAAAGGUGAUUGUAGCGAGGAAAUGGCAGGAUCGUGGCAUUCGAAGAAAGUUUCAGAGGGGUACAAUCGAUUUUUAUUGGUGGUUCUAAGUGCGUAUAAGCAAAUUCGGAAACAGGAUGAGCCUGUCUUGAGUGAUUUUGACGAGGACGGAUUUGAUUUGGCAUUUUCAUUUUUUAGACCUAUUAUCCAAGGAACAGCAGACGUAAGCAACAAACUCACCCAAAAAGAACUCAAAAAAUCCGUCGAUUUCUGCCUCAAUGCAUUCCAACCCACGACGGAAGAACAGCGCGACGCUGUCAUGUCGAAACUCGACAUGGCACCCCCCACCAAUUCCUCGACCAUGGACCCCAAAACCCACGAACAAACCUUGGUACUGACGGAGAAACUCACCGAGGAAGAAACAAGAGUCAUGAAACAUAUUCGGGCGCGUCAGAUGAUGAAAACGGAAGAUACAAUGAGUAUUGAUAAUUUCAGCACCGAUACGAUUAUGGGUCUAGCGCCGGUAAUGCAGAGAGGGAGUUUGGGGUUGAGGGUUUCGGAUGGGAAGAGCGGGGGGAAGAAGGAGGUUCUGGAUGUUUUCGCGGCGGUUAAGAGGGAGGAUGGGAAGGGGGAGCAGGGGAGUAUUAGGGCUUGUUGA